CUUUUUCUGCAUCUGAAUUAUAUAUUAUUGGAUAUGAUCUUAAAUUUUGAGGGAAAGUAAAUUCCAAGAAAUUAUGUGGAUUUAUGGAGGAAUGUGAAUGUAUUCUUUGAAUUGAGGAUCGAAAUAGAUUUUUGACGGAAAUGGCGGAAGAGAAGCCUACCUCGAAGCCGGUGCUCCAGAAGCCACCGGGGUACCGUGACCCGGCAGCGGCGGCCCCCGCCACGCCGAGGCCGCCGCCCAGGCGGCAGCCGCUGCCCCCGGCGUUCCGCCAGCCCGGGAAGCCGCUCCCCCGCCAGCGCUACCGCCGCUCGCGGCGCUGCUCCUGCUGCCGCAUCUGCUGUUGGGCAUCCGCGGUGGCCCUCGUCGCAGCUGCGAUACUCGCCGUGGUCGCCGGACUCGCGUACCUCUGGUUCCAGCCGCGGCUGCCCUCCUUCCGCCUCGAGUCCCUCAACGCCACCCAGCUUCGCGUCGCCGUCAGGCCCGACGGGACCUUCCUCGACGCCGUCACCAAGGUCGGGAUCCUGGUGUCGAACCCGAACGGGAGGAUCGUGGUGGAGUACGGUGACGGGAAGGCGCGGAUGUCGGUGGCGGAUGACGACGGCGACGUGGCGGUUGGGGAAGCGGCGAUCGCGGGGUUCGAGCAGGCGAGGAGGAAUCGGACGGUGGUGCGGUUCGCGGCGGCGGCGAAGGGGGUGGCGGUGGACGAGGUGGCCGGGGAGAGGAUCCGGGCCGGCUUCAGGAGCAAGGAAGUGCGGUUCGUGGUGGAAGUGAGGACGAAGGUGGGGAUCCGGGUGGGCGGUAUGAGUACCGGUAAGGUGCCGAUCCGGGUGGGGUGCGGCCCGGUGAGCUUAAAGCAGGGGGUGAGCGGUGCGACGCCGCCCAAGUGCCGCUUCUACUUGCUUAGAUGGAUUAAUUUGCAUUGAGAGGGUUUUCUAGGUGUACGUCUAAAGGAGAUGAUGACAUUUGCUGUUGCUGUAUAGCAGAUUUGUAUUUGUUUUCCCAUAUAUAAGCAUUUGGAAGGGAUCGAUCUUCGAGUUCGGCUUCGACUUGCUUCGCAUAAAGCUUGUAUUUACACAAAUGAUUAUGAAAUACUAAUUUUUUUUGUUUACUUGUAUGGGACAUUUGGGACUUUUUUUUUAUAUAUAGUUUUAAUGAA